AUGAAGAAGUGGGCGGACAAGAAGAGACGUCCGCAAGAGUACAACGUGGGAGAUCAAGUGAUGGUCAAGAUCGUACCUCACAACUUCCGAGGGAUGCAGGCCCUACAUAGAGGAUUGACUCGCAAAUACGACGGCCCAUACCCUAUCAUUGCAAGGAUUGGAAAGAUGGCCUACAAGCUACAGUUGCCGGCCUACAUCCAAAUCCACCCCGUCUUCCAUGUAAGUGUCCUUAAGCCUUAUAAAGCUGACCCUGUUGAUGUUGACAGGAAUCGGUCCACAAGAGCCCUCCUUCCCGAGGCCAUUAUGCCACACAAGGAGCCCGAAUUCAUCCUAGACCAUCGCACCAAGCGAGGAACCAACAAGCGAGAAUUUUUCAUCAAGUGGAAAGGGCUGCCAGAUUCUUUGAACACGUGGGAAGAGGAGGACAAAUGUGGCCAGUUCACGGACAUGGCACAAGUCACGGACGAGUCAAUGGCCAAGACAUUGCCGAGAAGCCUCUUCAAGCUUCAAGUGGGUCACGGACCACGGACGACUGCGGACGACCAGGCCACGACCCAAGGACACUCUCCCCUCAUCCCAGAACCUACCCAGCAUGUGACCAAGACCGAACCAGGCCGGAGUCUCACUUUGACCCGAGACAACCUUGCAAGUAGGGACAAUAAGGAAGAAUGA